CUUUUGCAUGUUGCGACUGUAAUGCGCCACUGCCAGCGAUAUGUAGUACACGCUUUGAAGACACCAUCCAUCACUGCUCACUCUCACCGCGUGCUGUGUCUCUGCGCUCUUCUGCUGACUGUUGUAGACGCACCUGCCAGCUUCCCAUGACGUUUGCAUUUGACCCACCUCCCUACCUUUUCACCCUGUUGACCUCACCCAUACCCCGCUAAACUUUUCCACUCCCGCCAUUCUUCAACUUACAGCCAGCCACCAGCACCCAACAGCUACUGUGAAACCUGUUCACGGCAGUCGACACAUUCACGUCAACUUGAGACUGCCACAAUCAUGACUCCUGGCCGCGUUGUGGUACCAUUGAAACCUGGUUGUUCCGACGGCGAUCCCUUGCACGUUCCAACCUCAGGCACGCACACCCAAAUUGAUCCUCCUACAUUAUACCUUGAGAAGAUCGGUCAAUUAUGGAUGGAGCAGCGCGGAAGUGCCCAGUCGGGAGUGCAUUACAUUCUCGAAGCUCUUCCCGCAGGCUACACCAUGUGGCAGAGGCCACGGCCUUCAGAUCCCAAAUGCUUCGACAAGUAUCUGUUCGGACACCCCAGUCAUAAGAAAUUCGACUCUCCCAACCGAUUUUUUCCCCACUUCGAAUAUCUCAUGCACAAUGGCGGCAACAGCAUAGGGUGUCCCUGUACUGUCUGUCGCGGCGGCUCAGGCCUUCCCCGCGCUAUGUCCAACAGCUCCCGCCCCAGAAGUUCUGCUAGCUCAUCUAAUGUUUCAGCUUCUGCAUCUCUUCAGAGCCGACCCAGCAGCACCCACCGCGUCCAACCAACUCCCGCCAUGGUUAUAAUCUCUCGCCCCACAAGCCAAGGAAGACCCAAGAAGCUGAGCCCGGGUCACGAUUUGACCAGGACCGACCAAGAUGGUACACCCGACGUCUAUCGGAACCUAGUUGAAAAGCUCCGAAGCCACAAAUGCAUUGAUCAGCUCAUUGAAGAGCCUUUGAGUCCUGAUUGGCGAGCGGAACAGGAAAGCAUCCCGAAGCUACUGCAGACUCUCAAAUCUCAAGAGCAAUGGAUUCCGCGCAAAGGAGACAUUGUCAUGUUCAUCCGCCAUCUGGCUGAUGGAGUUACGGUUACGAGACAUGCCAUCACUAACGAGCUGUGCUUGUGUCACGAGCAGACGGAUGAGUUCCUCGAUGUCCCACACUGGGAGGCUGGUCUAGUAACAGAGGUGGCCCAAACGCCGACUACUGACCUCUUAGACCCAACCAAGAACUCGAACGGGUCGUGCUCUGACAUGAGAGUAGAGCUCAUUCCCAAUCCAAAUAAUCCGGACAAGUCUUUGUCAAAGCGGUACAAGUACAUCUCAUUGCGCCAAAGCCGUCCUUUCUUUCUUUGGAAAGAGCUUCUGCAUCAUGUAGAUCAAGACCUUUGGCACCCAAGUAUCAAGAAUGCUUUGGCUUUGACUUCGACAAUCUCGCUUGUAGGAAAACAUCGCUUUCGAGGAGCAUGGCCAGAAGCGACGAUAUACUGCCACGGCAUCUUUGUCGGCUCAGAGAUGCUUGCUGUGGGUGAUACCGUCCGUCUUCUUCCAACCAAGUCUGAUCAGGCUGUCUGCACCGAUAUCAUGAGCAUCAAAUCCAUCCGGCUAAAAUGGUCAAAUUUGGACAAGGCCUCGACCAAUGACUACGAUGAAGGACGGCCCUUCAACUCGGCAAUUUGGUUGUAUGGUACCGCCUACACGAGCGAUGCUUCUAGGUCAGACAAACGAUGGGUAUCUAAUGCUCGGAUCCCCAGAGCAGCCGGAGACUAUGGGAAUUUCUAUCCUCUUCAUCCGCCAGACAAGGAGCUCGCCAUCCCCUACGCUCGUGUUGCUGGUCGCUUGUACGAGCGUAAUGCCAUGGCGCACCUUCUUGGGUAUGAUUCUCAUGAUACAACACUCAGCCUCGAUCUCGGUCGACAGGCUUUGAUUGACGCGCGUGCAUUUUCUCGAAGAAACGACGAACGCAUCGCACAAACUGCCGAUGCUACGUGGUACUGGGGUGAUGAUCGAGCCGAGGCAUUGGGGCUCCGUACUAUCAACGGGUUAGAUGUUUCUAGGUUCAACCUAGAACACAAUGUUAAGGCGCUCCGCAAACAAUACCGCAUUCUCGAUGCAGCGAACGCGAACGAUAAUGAGAGCGAGGAUGUGAAGCCCAGUCUGGACAACGUGUUGGGUGGUCGAUUACAGCGUUUCAUGGCACCUACACUGCCAGUCCGGGCGGCCAAGUCAAGAGAAUCUGGCCAGGACAAAAAUGAUAGCAAGAAGCGGAGCCGUAUUGCAGAUCUAGAAGAUGACUCCGAAGACGAGAUCCGGCAGCACACACAGGUCGUCAACAACCGGGUGCCUCUGGUCAAAAAGGCAAGAGUAAUGGUCGUUAUUGACUGAACAGAAGUAUUUCCAAGCCGGGUAUUAUACACUCUACAGGCAUCAUCAUGGAUCUAGGAGCCAGGAAGAUCCCUGUUGCGGAAGGGGAUUCGAUGUAGCAUUUCCCCAGCAUCGCUGAUCACGCACGCACGUGUUUCGAGGAAAUCUCUCCGAUGUGGAGAAGAGACACUAAGUGUUUAUAUGAUUAGCUAGCGGGAUGCCCAUGGUAUCACUGCAUGUGCUUCUAUUUGAAGCUAGUUACACUUAUUAAAAAUACAUGUAACUUUAAAAAAAAGGGAGUCAGGGGCUAGGUCCUGGUAGCAACAGACAUAGAUUUAAAAAACUCUUCUCAUAUUUGUGGA